UCACUCUACUUUUUUGUUUACAAAUUUCAGCGCGUAUUUCAUGACCAAAACUUUUUGCAAAUAUUGCCAAUGAAGUACACUUUAGAAGGCAGCAAUGCAAGAGUCAUUGCCAAAGCCGUUCAAUCGCUGUCCAAGAUGGGCAAGGAAAUGUUUAUUGAGAUUGACCAACAGGGACUGCAAAUGAGAGCUAUAAAUGCCACUCAAUCGGCGGUGGGCAGCAUAUCCUUCAGACGAUCCAUGUUUGAAGUGUUUGACAUGCCACCGCAUUCGGAUUUUUACUGCAAGAUAUCCAUGAGGGGAUGUCUGGCUGUGUUCCGCAACAUGAACGAGGUGGAGUACUGUGAACUUAAUAUACUGGACAACCAAACAAGCCUCCAAGUAAAUCUCCGGUGCAAAUUGGAGACCACAAAAGAAGCCACCAUAUCCAUCAUAGAUGACCAAAACAUAAACACAAACAUCAACACCGAUCAGAUGCCAAACAAAAUCCGUGGCGAUCACAAACUGUUCAUGGACAUCUCCAACUACUUCAACACCACGGAGGAGGAACUUACCUUGGAGGCAAACUCGGGGAGUAUGGUGGCCAAAAACUACAUUGAAGGAGCCCGAGUUAAUGAUAAAUUCAUGCGUACGCAGCUGAAACUCAAGCCCAGUGAAUUCGAUCAGUACACGGUGACCAAGGAAACGAUUAUCACCUUUUGCAUCAAGGAAUUCCGAGCCUUUCUUGUGUUCGCUGAGUGUUUAAAUGCUUCGCUGACUUUGGAGUUCGACGAUGCGGGCAAGCCCUUCCUGCUUAAGAUCAAUAAGCAUGGCGAGAUUGAGUGCUUGUUGAUCAUGUCCACGCUAUCACCUGAUGAAGUGAGCUUCUCGGAGGAUUAUUGUCAAAGGGAUUUGACCCUGCAUGAUGAAUAUGUACGAGCGGCGGUUGCAAAGCGAAAAAGCAGCACUUUUGGUCCAAAUGUAGCAAGCAAGCGCAAGAAUAGCUCUUCCCAACCGGAUGCAGUGCAGCAAAAACGUAGAGUGGAGGAAAGCCACUUGGAAACCAGCUUAGAGUCUCCUCUGUUCCAGUUUCGCCACUCGGAAGCUCCUUCUGUCCAGCAGCCACGCGUUCUGGCCGAGGUGGACACCGUGGUUUUGAUUGAGGAUGAGGCGGAAGAGGAGGCCCUUAUGCUGGCGGCUGCGGAUGCCGCUUUGGAGGCCACAAUGGCACCUGCCCCGGCACCUCCCAACAGCACGCAGGUUUGCUUUAUCAACACGGACGAUUCCCCAGAAGCUAAACCGCCGGAAAUACCCUCCGACGAGGAUGAAACCAUACCCCAGUCACCUGAACGACCGAACAAGAUGCGAACAAUAUUCUCGCGGUGCUUUCAAAGCACCUACGUCCCGCGGGAGCCGUCUCCUAAUACUCAGCUCUAUGCGCCCAAUUCCGACACAGAGGAUUAGCCUAGAUUUGAUCGUUUAUCAGAAAAUACAGCAUAGGUUAUAAAUCAGCUA